GUCUUUCUCUCACUAAAGUCUCUCUCUCACUCUCUCUCUAGGGAGGAGCGAUGGCGAUCGAGCGGCCGAACAACCCUAAGCGCCUGCUGCUGCUGCUCGCUCUCUGCUCCGUCGCGGCGGUCGCCGCGGCCGACGUCGUCUUCGAGGAGCGAUUCGAAGACGGAUGGGAGAACCGGUGGGUCAAGUCUGAUUGGAAAAGAGAUGAAAACUUGGUUGGGGAGUGGAACUACACAUCUGGUAAAUGGAAUGGAGACGCUAAUGACAAAGGUAUUCAAACGAGUGAAGACUACAGGUUCUAUGCUAUAUCAGCACAAUUCCCUGAGUUCAGCAACAAAGACAAGACCCUUGUCUUCCAAUUCUCCGUCAAGCAUGAGCAGAAGCUUGACUGUGGUGGUGGCUACAUGAAGCUACUCAGUGGUGAAAUUGAUCAGAAGAAAUUCGGUGGCGACACCCCAUACAGUAUUAUGUUUGGACCUGAUAUCUGUGGCUACAGCACGAAGAAAGUUCAUGCUAUACUCAACUACAAUAAUACCAACCACUUGAUCAAGAAGGAAAUCCCCUGUGAGACUGAUCAGCUUACUCAUGUUUAUACUUUCAUCCUCCGCCCUGAUGCCACCUACAGCAUUCUCAUUGAUAAUGCUGAGAAGAAAACCGGUAGCUUGUACUCUGACUGGGAUCUUCUCCCACCUAAGAAGAUCAAGGAUCCCGAGGCCAAAAAACCAGAAGACUGGGAUGACAAUGAAUAUAUCCCUGAUCCAGAAGAUAAGAAGCCAGAGGGAUAUGAUGAUAUACCAAAAGAGAUACCAGAUCCCGAUGCCAAGAAGCCCGAGGAUUGGGAUGACGAGGAGGAUGGUGAAUGGACAGCCCCAACUGUCGCUAACCCUGAGUACAAGGGACCAUGGAAGCCAAAGCAAAUUAAAAAUCCCAACUACAAGGGGAAGUGGAAGGCACCGAAGAUUGACAACCCAGAUUACAAAGAUGAUCCAGAGCUAUAUGUCUACCCCAACUUGAAGUAUGUUGGCGUAGAACUGUGGCAGGUCAAAUCUGGAACCUUGUUUGACAAUGUCUUGGUUAGCGAUGAUGUCGAAUAUGCAAAGAAGCUUGCCGAAGAAACAUGGGGCAAGAACAAGGAUGCUGAAAAGGCAGCAUUUGAAGAGGCAGAGCAGAAGAAAGAGGAAGAGGAAGCCAAGGACGACCCUGUCAAUUCCGAUGCUGAGGAUGAAGAUGAUGUGGCCGAUGAUGCCGAAGCAGAUGAUUCCGAUGCAGAAACCAAAACAGAUGACAGUGCCGACUCCAAGGACGAUAUCAAGAGCGAAGAUGUGAAGGACGAGCUGUAGGAGGCAGCGCUGAAAUCGGAGUUAAACGAGGCGCUCCGAAAUUCUUGAUUUUUUUCUUAUUUUUACCGUUUCUUGAUCGGUUGUAGGAAUUUUCCUUGGAGAGGGAGAGAGAUAGAGCGAAACAUCUCAUGCAAAAAACGCGUGGCUGAUUUGCAUCAAUGUUGAUCUGAUUCCGAGGAUUUGGGAAAGAGGAUGAAGAAAUAUGGUGCCUCUUUUUGCUA